GCUACAGCUAGCAACAUCAGCUCACGGCUGCCGCUUUGUGCCACCUGUCUCAAUCUAGUUUUUUGCGUAGUGCUUGUGUGUGCUACUAGAACAGGGCGUGGGGAGAAGCUUUGUCGCCACGAGCCGCGAAGCUUCGCUGACCGCAAUAGCAUCAAGCAGGCCGACAGCGACGGCAGGCAGCUGCAGCAGCAGGAGCAGCAAGGUUUCGCAUUUCGCAUCAUCAUGGCUGAGAGCUGGGAGGACAUCGACAAGCAGACGAAAAAGUCAGGGGGCGGGCUCAACCCCGCUGCGGCUUCCUUCAGCUUCAAUCCAGCGGUCGCGUCGUGGAGCCCGGGGGGAGCGGCGCCGACCCCCGCUGCAGCAGCAGCACCAGCCCCGAGCCCCAUGCAGUCAGCUCAGGCCAUGGCCGCCGACAAGGUCGGCGCUGUUGCGGAGGGCAUGCGAGAAGUCAGCAUAAGCUCCGCGCCCCCCGCGGCGGCAACAGCAGCAGCAACAGCAUCGGGUGGAGGGGGUGCGGAAGAUUCCAAGGACCAGUCCGAAGGCGCGGGUGACGGAGGUGACGCGGAGGAGAUGGACGAGAACGACCCCCUGUGGAAAGCGACGCUCCAGGUUGCAAACGGGGAUCGGGCCAAGGCCCUCAAGAUGCUGGAAGACCCCGAUGCCCUCAUGGCCAACCCCGAAAUCAACAAGAUCAUCGCGGAGGGAGCGGUAUCGGGAGACGCAGCUCUGGAGGUUGUGGAAGGGCAGUAUCCGGAACAAGCGGGGGGGGCCGCGGCUGCGGGGGGGGAGGGGGAGGGGAAGGCUGCCCAGGGGGAGCGGCGAAAGGGGGGCGACAACAACGAAGGGAAGAAGGAAGAGAAGGAGGAUGUGGUUGAGAAGGAGGCCACUGAUGAGGAUCCGCGGGAGCAUCUCAACCUCGUGUUUAUCGGCCACGUCGACGCCGGGAAAUCUACCCUAUCGGGAAACAUUCUGUACCUCACGGACUUCGUAGACAAGCGUACCAUCGAGAGGUACGAGAGGGAGGCGAAGCAGCGAAACCGCGAAUCCUGGUUCCUGGCGUUCAUCAUGGACACCAACGAGGAGGAGAGAGCUAAGGGGAAGACCGUUGAAGUGGGACGAGCACACUUCGACACGGAAUGCAAGAGGUCGGUCUCAGCUGGACCCCUGGCGUACACGAUACUCGACGCCCCUGGUCACAACGCCUACGUACCUAACAUGAUCCAGGGUGCGGUCCAAGCGGAUGUGGGUAUUCUGGUGAUCUCUGCACGGAAGGGAGAGUUCGAAACCGGGUUCGACAGGGGGGGGCAGACGCGGGAGCACGCCUUGCUGGCUAAGACCUUGGGUGUCCGGUACCUCGUGGUGGUCAUCAAUAAGAUGGACGAUCCUACGGUCAAAUGGGCCAAGGAGAGAUUCGACGAGUGCGUCACCAAGAUUAGGCCGUUCCUGAGGCAGCAGUGCGGCUACGCCGUCAAGAAGGAGGUCAAGUUCAUUCCCAUCUCGGGACUGUCGGGCGCCAACGUCAAGAAGCAGGUGGCGAAUGACUUGUGCCCUUGGUGGGGGCCGAUGAUCAAGGCCGGGGACAACAACACCUCUGAGGGGACUCUCCUGGAGCUGCUUGACAAGUUGCACAUGGACGACCGACAUGCGGACAGGCCGUUACGAGUUCCAGUGCUUGAUCGCUACAACGACAGGGGCACCAUGGUGUUGGGCAAGGUGGAACAGGUGAGAUUUAUUUAA